GGAUCUUCCAUCACAGUCGAAAAUGCCGAAUCCGGUCGUCCAUGUGCUCGAUUACGGCGCCGGCAAUGUCCGAAGCCUCAAGAACGCUCUUCAUGCGCUUGGAUAUACCCCUGUAGAUGUUGAGCGGGUCGAAGAUAUCGAAAAUGCAUCCAUCCUGCUCUUCCCCGGGGUGGGCAACUUUGCACAGGCCAUGACGUUCCUUACGUCGCACAACUAUGUGGACGCAUUGAAAGCGUACAUCCUCGCGAACAAACGGUUCAUGGGGAUCUGCCUUGGUAUGCAAACACUUUUCGAAGGUAGCGAAGAAUGUCCGGGUGUUCCUGGUCUCGGCAUCGUCCCAGGGCUCGUCGCCAGGUUUCCUUCUGAUAACUUGGCCGUCCCGCACAUCGGAUGGAAUGGCGUAAAUUUGCAUCAGUCGUCGCCGAUCUUUGCGCAUGUGGACGCGUCCUCCGACCCCACUGUGUACUUUGUCCAUUCGUUCCGCGCGUCCGCAUCGUCCGCCAACAAGGUAUGGGUCCUCACGACCACCAACUACGGUGAUGUCGAGUUUAUCAGCGCCAUCCAGCACGGAAACAUCGUGGCUACCCAAUUCCAUCCCGAAAAGAGUGGCGCCGUUGGCCUGCACAUGCUGCGCGGGUUCCUCGAAGGUGCUGCUCCCACUGCGCUCACUCACGCAGCGCCCACGACCGUUUUGCGCAAGCGAGUCAUUGCAUGCUUGGACGUGCGCGCCAACGACGCCGGGGACCUCGUAGUGACCAAGGGCGACCAGUACGACGUGCGCGAAGCGUCGAACGACGGCCAAGUUCGCAACAUGGGCAAACCAGUGGACCUGUGCGCCCGGUACUAUUCCGAGGGUGCCGACGAGAUUGCCUUUCUCAACAUCACGAGUUUUCGAGAGCAGCCGCUGGACGACUCGCCCAUGCUGGCGGUGCUGGAAGCCGCGUCCGCCCGCGUGUUCGUGCCGCUGACUGUCGGCGGCGGCAUCCGCGGGUACACGGACGCCACCAAUCGCCGGUGGUCGGCGCUGGAUGUGGCGGCGCGGUACUUUCGCGCUGGGGCGGACAAAGUAUCGAUCGGCAGCGACGCCGUCGACGCCGCGGAGGCGCAUCUAGCCGGCACAGUCGUGACCGAGAAGAGCUCGAUCGAGCAAAUCUCGACCGUGUACGGCCGCCAGGCGGUGGUCGUGUCAGUGGACCCGCGCCGCGUGUACGUCGAGUCACUGGCGGCGCACGCGGCUGCCGUGGAGCUCAAGCACCAGCGGGGGCCGCUCGACGAGCGGUUUUGCUGGUACCAAGUGAUGGUCAAGGGGGGGCGCGAAGGCCGAGCGCUGGACGUUGUGCAGCUGGUGCAGGUAGGCGCUAACUAGUCUGCUUUGGAUUGUGGGUAGUAGUACUAGUAGUAGUACUAGUAGACCUGUGAAUUGUCAUGUGGAUGGGUACUUGUUGUGUGUUUGCCUCGUGCAAUGGAUGAUUGGAGAAGCGAGUGGUGUAGAAUUCAUCUAUGGCGGACCACCACUGUAUUAUGUAGGCGUGUGAAGCGCUGGGCGCAGGUGAAAUUCUGCUGAAUUGCGUCGACAUGGACGGCCAGAACGCCGGCUACGACUUGGACUUGAUUGGCCUCGUCAAGGCCGCCGUGACGAUUCCGGUGGUCGCGUCGAGCGGCGCCGGCCGCCCCAGCCAUUUCACGACUGUGUUUGCUGAGACAGGAUGCGACGCGGCGCUGGCGGCAGGCAUCUUUCAUCGACAAGAAGUCACGAUCGAUCAAGUCAAGGCGCAACUCCGAUUGGACGGGGUCCCCGUGCGCUGCUCGUUGUAGUAAAUGGCGUGAUCAAAACAACACGAGAUUGUUUGUUAAUGUGGAUGCUGCGAUACAGUACAGUCGUCGCCGCCUCGAAUCGAAUGUAGCCCACAACGGUGUCACGAGCUGCUCUUUUCGUACUCUUUUCGAAAGAGGGGAUGCCGCGGCGGUCGGGUGUCGUGGAUUUUGCCGUCGUCGACACUGAUACCCAUGGCGUGCAAGAUCAUAAGCACAUGCCCUUGCUGUCUCUCCAUAGCUUUGCGCAUCUCGACCACUUCCUGCUUGCUCUUGGCCUCCACUACAUGUUGCAACCACCACACAAGUAUCACUUUACUAUCUAAUAGUAUGCAAUACAACUAACUGG